GCUGCUCAACAAUCCAUGGACAACUGAUUGCGCUUGCGUAUCCAGACGUGGCAACGGCAUCAUGGCUUCUUGGAAGAGCUACGGGAGUCGGACCAGAGAGCUGAAAAUGUACAUUUUCAUCGUGUUGAUAUGCCUGGUGUCCGUGCUGCAAGCGACGGUGAAGGUCUCUCCUCUGAUAGAGAAGGUCAGCGACCACAAGGACUUCAAGAAGCUCCUGAGAACUCGCACCAACGUCCUGGUGCUCUACACCAAGUCAGCUACGUCUGGGGAUUCUAAGCUGAAGCUGCUGUCUGAUGUUGCACAGGUUGUCAAGGGACAGGGCACCAUCGCCUGGGUUAACUGUGGGGAUUCAGAGGGUCGUAAGCUGUGUAAGAAAGUCAAGGUGGAUCCCAGCUCCAAAAGCAGCGGAAUAGAUCUCCUGCAUUAUAAGGAUGGGACAUUUCAUACAGAAUACAACAGACCCGCUACUUUCAAGUCCAUGGUGGCGUUUCUGAAAGACCCCACUGGAGCCCCUCUUUGGGAGGAGAACCCAGAAGCUAAAGAUGUCUUUCAUGUAGAAUCAGAAAAAGACUUCCGGAAGCUUCUGAAGAGGGAGGAAAGGCCUAUCCUUAUGAUGUUUUACGCCCCAUGGUGUGGUGUCUGUAAGAGGAUGCAGCCCAUAUUUCAACAAGCAGCUACUGAAACCAGGGGUACAUUUGUGCUGGCUGGGAUGAACGUGCACCCGGCCGAGUUUGAUGGCCUCAAGCAGGAGUACAACGUCAAGGGUUACCCGACCUUCUGCUACUUUGAGAAGGGGAAGUUCCUCCAUCACUAUGAGAACUAUGGAGCCACGGCCAAGGACAUCGCUGACUGGAUGAAAAAUCCCCAGCCCCCACAGCCAAAAGCCCCGGAGGUCCCGUGGUCAGAGACCGACUCCCCUGUCUUCCACCUGACUGACGAGUCAUUUGAUGGGUUCCUGGAGGAACACCCAUCUGCCCUGGUCAUGUUCUACGCUCCAUGGUGUGGCCAUUGUAAGAAAAUGAAGCCAGAGUAUGACGAAGCUGCUGAGUACCUCAACAAAGACCCAAAUAGCCCCGGAGUUUUGGCAGCCGUGGACACCACCAUCCACAAGGCGGUGGGAGAACGCUUUAAGAUCUCCGGCUUCCCCACCGUCAAGUACUUUGAGAAAGGAGUAGAAAAGUUCACGUUACCCCACCUCAGAAGCAAGGAGAAGAUCAUUGAGUUUCUACAGAACCCCCAGGCACCCCCUCCACCAGAGCAGUCCUGGGAAGAAAGGCCAUCCAGCGUAAGCCAUCUUGGAAUGGAGGACUUCCGGGAAGCGCUGAAGAAGAAGAAGCAUGCCCUCGUCAUGUUCUAUGCACCAUGGUGUCCCCACUGCAAGAAUGCUGUACCUCACUUCACUACUGCAGCAGACCUCUUUAAAGAGGACCGCAAGAUAGCAUAUGCUGCUGUGGACUGCACAAAAGGACAGAACCACGAGCUGUGCAAGCAGGAGAGUGUUGAGGGCUACCCAACAUUUAACUACUACAACUAUGGCAAAUUUGCCGAAAAAUACAAUGGAGACAGAGUGGAGUCAGGUUUUAUAGGAUUCAUGCGGAGCCUUCGGGGGCGGGACCAGGGCAAGAGAAAGGAGGAGCUUUAAAUCAGGGCAUGAUGAGGAGGAGGUGCCUGUCGUUGCACUGUGACCCUGGCAGUGGCCUCUUAGCACUGACCUUAUGUGAUGUCAUCAUGAUGUGACAUAAACGGGGGGAGGAGACUUGAACCUCAGCAUUAAGCGAAAGCCUAUUUUUUUAUACCGCGGAUCGAUCACGUGACCAUGUUUGUAAUACCAGUGGAAUUACCUACCGACUGACCACUUUUUUCAUUCAUAUUUUGAUGGAACGAUUAAAAAAAAAAAUGCAGGAAAAUGUUGCCCAAGUAAUACUGUGACUGCAUUUGUGAAAAGCUCCACCUUAUACUGUGUAUCUAUGCAAUAUGUACCCCUCUCCUCCUGAUCCACUGUUGACCAUCAGGGGGGUUGGAUGGUGGGUUAGCUGGGGGAUCGUGGAGGGCUGUGGUUGUGUUGCAUGUGCCACCUACAGCACUACAUCACAGGGUCUGUCACCACAACGCAGUCCUAAUUCUCACUGUUCACCUGAAGAGGAUUACAAUCUAAGCAUCCAACUUUUCAUUUCCAAAUAAGUGUUUCGAUAUUUUUGUACUGACCUGUCUAUCAUGUUAGGUCUUGGUUUAUUUCAGGAUUGAAAUGACUGAAAAGCAAAAACUGUGGCCUUACAUUAAUGUGAAAUAGGAGCUAGUCACUCAACUAAAAGUUACGCCAGCCUGAGGGAUGUGGUGGUGAGUGAUACAGAACUAGGCCCUAAAACAUAGCAGAAGUCUUAUGGUGUUGCUUUGAAGCCUGGUACUUCUGUUCCUCAGCAUGUUUCAGCAAUGAGAGACAGAAAGAAACAAUGUGACGGAAAUGUAAUAUACCAAAAAUGAAUUUGAAUUGUGAUUAUGUUACAGUAAAUCUCUGGCCGUCAUUGAGAGCUAUUUUGCCUAUUACGAGUGUAUUUUCAUCAUAGGACCAGAUAUGGGGCCAAGUAUGAUUCUUAUUUUUGCAGUGUCCUAUUGAAGACCGUUUCCCCCAUCCUAAAAUUGUGUCCAGGAACAAGACACUUUCCUUGACACCCCUCCCCCCCCUUCCAUCUUGUCUGUGUUACCCUUCAACUCGAUAUCAGUGGCCAUAUGGGAUCAUUAUCAGACUAGAUGUUCCAGGAUCUACGUUCCAUCAGAACAAAGAGAAGAAUCUGAGAGCAGGCAGCCUGUAUGUGUAUGUCUGUCUGUCCAGGGCAGGAGGAUGUUGUCCCAUAAUGUCAAUGUAAAUCCAACAGGAUGACUUCAGAUUUCAAUGUUGGAGAGGGGUGUGAGAAAGUCGAUGGACUCCCUUAACGCCCCCGCCACACACACACAUACACACUCUCCCAGCUUGGCACAAUCAUCAAUACCGAAGCCAUUACCAUUACAGCCCUUUGUGGCGACUUUAAUGCUGUGUGUUUUCAACUCCCUGGCUUAAGCCUCUAUAAAUAUUUAAAGGCCUAUCUGUAGCUGAACUUAGGUUUUAUUAUUCAGGAAAUUGGUUCCAUUCAUUAUUGAAUAAGGUUCUCAGGGAAAGCGAAAUCACAAAAAGGGAACUAGCUUGUUGUACUCAUUUGCAUUGCAGUGUGAUAGUUUCGAGCUCUAGAGUCGCCAAAUCAAAAGAACUGUUUACGUUUGUCUUGUAUGAAAAAUAACAAAAUGUAUGGAUUUAAAUAGUCCAGUUUACAUUUUCUGUGCCAAAUCAUGGCAGGAAGGAUUAAAUAAAUAAUGUGGUGAAGACAGGGGUUAAUGAACACGUUUCUGGGAUGGUAAAUGGGCUAGUUCUAAAUUAGAUAAUUCUGGAAUGAACUGCUGACUAACAUGGAACACUCUCCAAUCAAUGUUACCAUUACAUGGCUGCUACAUGCAAACCUAACUUCAACACAGGGUUGGGAGAAAACUGAAUACUAUGUAGCUGGAUUUUGGCACAAAUACUGUUUUUAUUUUCUGCUGGGGUAAGUCUUUUUCUUUUUACUUUUAUUAUUUUGUUAUUGGAAUACAGGGCCUCCUCAGUGUGAGGAAAUGUUUAUAUUUGUCUUAUCCCAAAACUAUUCAUAGUGUAAGGAAAAUCCCACUUUUGACGAUUCAUUGUUGUCUUUGAUUUUCUGUGCUCUGCCAUAUGCAGAAUUUUGCCCCUUCAAAUGAGGACCAUGAAAAUAAAAACUCAAACAUUUCCAAGA